AUGCUUUCAAUGAAUUUUAAAAAUUGCUGGAAAUUGAAUAAUCUGAGAGGAUUCAGUUCAUCUUCAUUGAUCAACUCUUCUUUUAAAGUUAACAUAACUCCAGUACAAAAGACAAAGUUGGAUUUGACACAGGUUAACAAUGAAUUGGCUGAAAGUGAACAAAAGACUCAGAUUGAUGCCAAGUUUUCGAGGAGAUUUAAGCUGUCUUCAACUUAUGAUCCAUUCGAUUUUUCAUUGGCAAAAUUACAUCUAGAUACAAAGUUUAAAACAAAAUCAAACUCAAAAAAUGAUAUCUUUGAAGUUUGUGGCAUAAACCCAUUGGAUCUAUACAGUAAUCCCGAAUAUUUGUCUCAUUUCUUAUCUUCAACAGGUAGAAUAUUACAUAGAGAUGUUACUGGAUUAUCAGUUAAAAACCAACGUAGAAUGAGCAAAGCUGUUAGAAGAUGUCAAGCUAUUGGUUUGUUGCCUAAGACCUGUAGAGAUUCAUCUUUUGUUUCUGCUAAGAGAGGAGGUGCUAGAGUUUAA